AUGAGUGUCAACCAGCAGACACAGAAGAAGAGACGCAACACUAGAGCAUGUGAUCGGUGUCACAAAGCGAGUAUCAAGUGCUCCCCUGAUGUCAGUGGAGAUUCGUGCAGCUCAUGCGCUGCGUUCGGUUGUCAUUGUACAUAUGAUCGACCCCGUAAGCGGCGUGGCCCCCCGCCCAAGAUCUCCCACCCUGCGGCACUCUCUCCUGAAAAGGCAAGAUGGUCCCAUCAACCAGUGGCUAGCCAUUCGACCAUUGUAGCGCUGUGCCAGGUCUUCCAUCAUGUCUGCUAUCCAAUCUUUCCGUAUUUCCACUGGCCUUCCUUUGCUGCCCUUGUGGAUUCUCGCGAGUAUGACCAUCACCAGUCCUUCUUCACUCUCGUCAUGGCUGUUUGCGCAGAUGCUUCCGCCCGCGUCCACGACGGCGCACAGAUCCCUCCUACUACCCUUCUAAACAAACGAGAGCUGUAUCCGCCGUCAGAGCUAUUCUACCACACAUGCCUCGACUCAAUGCAGGACAUGACCGACUUUGAUUUUCACGUCAUGCGAGCGGAAGCCAUCUUGGGACUUCUCUGUCUUCAAUACAAUGAUCUCAGAGGGACGUAUCGACACAUCCACCGGUAUCUCGGUAUGUCAGCCGAGAUCGGGUUUCACAACGAAGCAAGAUGGCCGUCUGAUUUAGACUGCAUUGCGCGAGAGGAGAGGAGGCGCUUGUUCUGGCAGCAGUAUCAGCUCGACGUCUACUUGGCUGUCACUUUUGGAUCUGCCGUUCGCCAUCGUGAAGCCCAAUUCAAUGUCCGUUAUCCAACGGAAGUGGUCGACGAUGAAGAUAUCUCAGCAGACGGUGUUGUCGUUCGAACAGAUCAGCCGUCAUUUCUGCGUGGAUGGAACUUUGUGGUCGAUCUCUAUCGAAUCUUGGAGCAUGUCAAUGACCGUGUCCGAGAUCAGAGGCCUUUGGCGCCCACGGAUCCUGAGUUUGCGGUCAGCACUUUGUUCGCUAAAGACUCGCACCAAACGCCGAGUACCGGUGAUAUUUUCGACAUGAUUCAGCGACUGUACGAUGCGCUUCCAAACGCCUUCAAGGAGACGAAGGAGAUGAUCGGAGAUCCUAAAGCGGAUAGGUUCGCCUUCCAAGCUGCAAAUAUUGUGAUCUCAAUGACGACUGUCAAGAUGGCUCUGGUGGGCUCGGAGGAGCAGAGCGUCCCACAGAGGUGUGCAAUCGCUAGCGAGCUCUUGUCAUCCCUCUCCACCAUUCCAGCAUCCUACAUUCGGUCGUCAUCCACUGCAAUGCUCCAUCAUUUGGCAGGCGUGGGCCACCUUCUUGGCUCGGUCAUUCAGCGCCCCAUAUCACAGUGGAAGUAUUUGCAGGUCAGAUCUGUACUGCUGGCCAUGGCGGACCUCAUCAGUACGCUUGAGUCCGGGUAUAUCCAUCCCAGGGACAUCGCGGGGAAAGUGCGCACCCAUGUGCAGAGAAUUGAUCGCUACAUGGAAGAGGCGCUCAUGGAAACUGGGAAGGUAAGCGGAUGA